UCAAAGUCGGAUGUGUUGCAUUUGUACAGGAAUUUGUUGCGCAACAGCAAGAAAUUCUGCAAUUAUAAUUUCAGGGAAUAUUUUUUGAGGAGAACCAAGGAAGAUUUCAAGUGUCACAAGAAUGAGUCAGAUCCCAGCAAGGUUCAACAACUCCUUGAGAAAGCCAGACAAGAUCUCGUCGUGAUUUCUCGACAAGCUACUCUCAGCCAGAUGUAUGCCGCCGAUCGC